UUUGCUGCGAUAGUCAAGUGGGCAACCAGUUUAUUGUGCAGCUCUGUAGUGUCUAGGGGUAUUUUCGAAAUUCAUUUUUGUUCAUGAACAGUUGUUAAACCUACAGUUAGUGAUUAAAAUAAUAUUCUACUAACGAUUAAUCGAUUGAUUCAAGGUGAAUUAAUCAUAAAACUAAUCAAUUCUAUAAUUUUUAUAUGAAUUUGACAUUUCUUGGACCAUUAUCCGUGCAAAUCGAUUAACCGGUAACCGCCCGGUCGCGAGCUGCCCGGAUAAUCGACGUUCCACUGUAGUUUGUUAUGCUACGGGGAGACGCUCCAUGCGAGGCUUGAACCCACGACAGGCAUGUUGUUGGGCAUAAUCGUGCAAUUCCGGUUUUUUUUUAUAGAUUCUUGAGUCCCUGGACUAUAAUGGAUUUAUGAACCUUAUAGCUUCAUAAAUAUUUGAAGAUUCUUAGAUCUUUCAUUCCAUGAUGAUUCAUGAUUCCUUGGAGAUUCUUGAUUCUUUCGAAUCUUUAGAGAUUCAUUAAUACCCUGUGUUACGUUCAGCGAUUGUGGAUGGUUUUCCAUUUUCCGUGCGUUUCCCCCACGGUUACCGUCUCACGCCUGUGAGCUUUGUAUGCCACGGAACGUCUCACGCAAUGAGCUGUGGCGUGCUGCUUAACAUAAAGCUUGAUUUGACAAGUAAUAAGCGAAAGUUAAGUUCAAUAUUCGAAGGGCACCGACGUUUAUUAUAGGUGUUUACCUAUAGCAAACAAAAUAAUAUUGAUAACUUUUCACAUGAAAUUUUUGCCCAGCUCACCUCGUCAUAUAAAUCUUGACCGCUUCUGGGAUGUUUACAUCGCUGGCAGCAGCGACAGCGGAACGAGAAAGAAGAACAAAGAAAGAAGAGGCUGAGAUAAACAAAAGUCCAAACGCACGGAUCAUUUCGUGCCGUUAUGAGUCAGCAGCAGUAGCUCUUCUAAACAAUGGCGAAACCGUGCGUGAUAGCGUUUUGUGUCGUGAUUGCGCUCUCCUUCUCGUGGGAAGUCCUCGGCGAGCCGGAAUGCAUGGAACUACACCAGUUUCUCAAAGCGGUGGAGAAGCUGAUGGUAUCGCUACCAUACCAUACCUAUCCCGUCUUUAAUCUGUGCACCAGCCCGAAGGCAAUCGAGGACUAUCACAAUGCCACCGCGUUCUACCGGAACGUGACGCAGUCGCCCAUCUGCCAGCGGUACCUCGUGCAGAACCGGAUGAACGUGUACGAGACGAUCUACAACCAGCUGACCGGGCUGUGGAGCUCGGCGAACUGUGACGCCUGUGCCGGGGCGGUGAACGAAACCGCCGAGUUUAUGCGCCUGUCGACCGUGCUGGACCACUGCAUCGUUGUGCAUGCAGCCAGCCCGUGCGAGUUGUGCGCGGACGACUAUCAGCGCGUGCAGGACUUUUACGCCCGGCUGGACAAGGCGCAGCACGGCCCGGACCGGCUCUGCUUCGACAUCGCGGACCGGAUGAACCAGACGCGCCGGUCCUGGUCCGGCACGCACAACUGCUGCAACGACAAGCGCCGCUCGAUGGUGGCGUUCGCGUCGGUCGCAUCGGUCGCCUGCGCGCUGCCCUUGCUGUUCUACGCGGUCAUGCACGUGGUCACGGUGCGGCAGGAGGCGCGUCGGCUUAACCUGCUGACCGCAUCGAGCGGGGGAAGCGCUCGGUGCGAGGAACGAUCGCAGCCGUCCGGCUCGUCGGUCCAGCGGCCGGGCAACGGUGUGCUGCGCCAGCCGGAAAUGGAACGUAUCGCCGAGACGGACGCUGACGAGGAGGAGGAAGAAGAGGAAGAGCUGAAGACGCAGGCAAGUGACGGGUCAGGGAGCGGGACAGCAAAGGAGGACGCCACCAAAACCAACAAUCUCGACGUGAAGGUUAGCAACCUGAUCGACAUUGCGAGCCCGGAGGAGGAGCACACGAUGCCGCUACCACCGGCCCGGACGGAUGCAUCGGACGACGAAAGUCUGCUGCAGUGAGGUGGAUAAGGGCGCGUUAGGAAGUAGAAGUAGAGCGUUAGGAAGUAAGCCAUGUUACAGUUUUGCGUUUUUUUUGCGAUUUUGCUACAGAAUCAUUCGAAUCAUUCCCGGUCGGAUUGGGCGAAGUUCAGUUCGACUGGCCACAUCCAAAAACUUGUAGCUGUACAGAGCGAAAGAAACGUUGGAAAAAUAAACGAUUGAACUCUCGAGCGUA